AGUUUACGUGAUCUCGGAAGGAGCAAGGCCGAGCUCUUCAGAACCGAGGCUUGGAUCGAGUUGACCAAUGGCCUACUUGCACCACCACGUCGCUGUCGCUCCCCGUCUGGCUUUCUCCUCCCACGGCGACGCGCCACCGUGCCCUGGACCGCGUCCCCCAGAGUCGCCUCCUCAUAGUUGUUGCCGCCCGCCCUCUCAGCCGCGCGAGACAUCGAGCUCCACGUACGUACGGGACGAUCAAGGAGGAUCGGAUCGUUAGCUGAGGUGGAGACGAUCGGUCGAUGGAGGCGGCGGCGGAGGACGAGAAGGUGUUCGUGGCGGUGCCGGCGGAGCCCAGGGCGGGGCAGUCCACGCUGUCGUGGGCUCUCCGCCAUCUCUAUGGCGGCGCCGGCACCACGGUCGUCGUCGCGCACGUGCACGUCCCGCCGCAGAUGAUCCCUAUCAUGGGGGUCAAGUUCCACGCCAGCAAGCUGAGCCCCGAGCCGGUGCGCGCGUUCAGAAGGGCGGAGCGUGAGAGGGCCGACGAGGUGCUGGACGACUACGUCCAUCAGUGCUCAGAAAUCAAGGUGAAAUGCGAGAAGCUGGUGAUCGAGAAGGAAGACGCCGCGUCCGGUCUCGUCGAGCUCAUACGGCUCCAUCGGGUCACCAAGCUGGUGAUUGCAGCAGCCGCGGACAGGCACUACACGAGUAAGCUGGACAAGCCCGUGUCCAGGACAGCGACAGAAAUAAUGCAGAGAGCUGAUCCAUCAUGCAAGAUUUGGUUCGUCUGCAAGGAGCAGCUAGUCUGUACCAGGGACAAGGAGGUGCAAAUUGCAUCGUUAACUGUUCCUGCACCAUUGCCCACUAAUCUUGGCCAUGAAGCUCAGCAUUUGCAACCUCCCCAGGAAGAGGAUGACGUCGAGAUGGAACUGGGUUUGGACGACGAGAUCGAAGAGGCACGCAAAGCAGUCGAGGAGCUGAUGAGAAGAGCUCUGAAGGAAUCCCACAGGCGCCAAAAGGCAGAAGAAGAAAUGGCCGCAUCUCUCCACAAAGCGAGAGAACACGAGGAGUUGUACCUUGAGGAGGUGAAGAAGAGGGAAGAGCUUGAGGCAGCUCUGGCGAGAGCAGACAUGGAAAUUGCGCAGCUAAGGCAAGCAAUGCAGCGAAACAAUGCUUGAACAGCACACCGUCGUCAGACUACGGCUCUGGCGAGAGCAGACGGGGAAAUCGCGCGGCUACGGCAAGCAAUGCAGAGAAACGCAUCCAGAGAGGCGUCCUCCCGCGGCGACGAGACCGAUGGUUGACCAGCACAUCGUCGUCACGGGCGACGACGCGACGAAACCCAACUUCAGCGCCGCCGCUGGGCGAUUUCAGAGCAGCGGCGGGGCAACCGGGCUGAACCUUUUCCGUGGUGAACGGUGAUGGCAAUGACGCAAUGGUAGAAGAGAGCUGGAGGCACUGCUCAGCAAGGGCCAAGAGGACUGGGAAGGUGCCCGAUGUGGACGGGGUGCCGAUGUGGUCAGCCGCUGGCUCGCGCGCACCGAGCUCGCUCUGAGUUCUGUGCCGCUUGCUGUGAUCCGGGAUUACACGACGAGGCGGCGGCAGUGUUCUGUUUCCUUGUGAUUGGAACGACUCAUUUCGGUACCUAGCAGUACAGCAUCGACUCAUCAAUAGUCAUACACUUUUGAGGUCUUCAACACUUUAAAUUGGCUAAGCAUUGCGUUACAAAGUUCUUAUGUAGUGAAAGAAAAGUUGAUUAGCGACAUUUUUAUAUCAUUUCUGUUUUUUUAGCUCCACGCUGAUUGUGAAUACUAUGGACAUUGCACAUGCA